AUGGGAUCCAAUGCGGGUUUGACGUCAGACCAGGUGAAGCUUAUCAAAGCGACAGUACCAGUCCUGGUCGCACACGGCGACACAAUCACAUCUGUCUUCUACGAAAAUCUCAUUCGCGAAAAUCCCGACCUGAACAAUGUCUUCAACACUCCCAACCAACGCAAUGGGAAACAACCCCGCGCACUGGCCGGCGCCCUAUUCGCAUACGCCUCCAACAUCGACAAUCUCGGUGCAUUGAGUCCAGCCGUGGAACUGAUCUGCCAAAAACAUGCCUCACUCUAUAUCCAGCCCGAAUCCUACCAGGUCGUCGGCAAAUAUCUUCUUGAAGCGAUGGGCCAAGUUCUCGGCGACGCACUCACUUCAGAAAUCAAGGACGCCUGGGCAACAGCUUACUGGCAAUUAGCCGAUAUCAUGAUCGGCCGCGAACACCAAAUCUACGAGCAGAGCGAAGGAUGGACUGAUUGGCGCGAGUUCAAGAUUUCCGACAAGAUCAAGGAAUCAGACGAGAUUACCUCUUUCUAUCUCGCUCCCGUCGAUGGCAAGCCUCUGCCCACUUUCAAGCCCGGACAGUACAUCUCAGUGCAGAUUUACGUGCCGGAGUUGAAGCAUCUGCAGCCUCGCCAAUACUCACUCAGCGACAAGCCGAAUCCGGAUUAUUACCGUAUCAGUGUGAAGAAAGAGAAGGGCCUGAGUGCCGAUGCCGAUGCGUCCACUCAUCCUGGUUACGUCUCCAACCUCCUUCACGAUACUUUCAACAAGGGCGACACUAUCAAGGUCUCGCACCCAGCUGGUGAUUUCUUCCUCUCAACCGAUGAGACUACCAACCCCGUUGUCCUGAUCUCCGCCGGUGUGGGUCUCACGCCGCUCACAUCAAUUCUCAACACUUUGACCUCCAAGCCAUCAGAGCGCAAACUCCACUUCAUCCACGGCUCCAGGACAUCAAGUGUGCGCGCUUUCAAAGAGCACGUCACAUCGCUGACAGCGGCGUACCCCGACCUCCAGACUACUUUCUUCACCACUCAGCCCUCUGCAGCGGAUAAGGAAGGUGUGGAUUACACCUACGCGGGACGCGUGGAUCUGAGCAAGCUCGCGUCAAAAGAUUUAUUCAUCGAGAACCCGGCCACACAGUACUAUAUCUGCGGACCUGAGAAAUUCAUGACCGAUAUGGAAACCAGUUUGAAGACUCAGGGAGUCCAGGGUGACCGCAUUAAGAUGGAGCUCUUCGGUACUGGCGGUAUUGCGCAGUAA